GCUGCGCAACAGAAAUGUGAUGCACACGUAUCUAUGAUGCAACAAUACAACGAUUUGAUACAGAAAAACUACAAGGAGACAAUGAAUCUUCGAAAAUUAGCAAGCACCACACAAGGAGAGAUUGAAGAACGUCGCUGGCAGAGUGAGUACCGCUUGAUGUCGGCUGAGAACAAGCUGGAGGCUGCCAAGAUGAGGUUCAAUGCUGUACAGUACGAGAACAAGAAGAUCAGGGAAGAGAUAGAGCAUAUGCUGCGAGAUCGUGCUCUCUUCAACCAAGCCUGGAACAAGAUGCAAGCAGCUUUGAGUAAGGGCAAGAAGUUUCUCUACGACCUCUUCGAGUCGUCGACCCUGGCGUAUGACCAGAGGGACGAGUGGUGCACAAAGCUGAAGACCAUGCAGGAAAAGGGGAAGAUAGACCAGAUGUUACAAAUGCAGGAAAUGCGAGACCUCGUAAAGGCUUUCGACCACGAGAUGAAAGUAUACCAGUUCCUAGCUACUAAAGGUAUGGCAAGAGUGAACAAAACACAGGAGUUAAGAGAAGAAAAACAGAGGAAGAUAGACGAAGAAAACCGGAAGAAGCAGUAUCAGUAUCAUGUUGAACUUCUUGAUGAAAUUUCUGAAUACACUGGAGAAAACAGUACUCGGACGAUCUUGGACCAAUUUAAGAAGAAGGAACAGGAGAACUUUUCAAUAUAUGUCAUUCUGACCGAGUACUGCGCUGAAAAUGAGGUUCUGCGCCGUGAUGUUCAAGAUAUAAGACAGCAAAUCUAUGACCGUCGAGAGUGGAUGGAACAGAAGGAGAAUAAACUGGACACUAAAAUUGAAGAAUUGCGGAAUCUUCUAGCAGAACAGAAGACAAGGACAGAUGCUUUAAGAAAGAAGAAUGAGGAAAAGGAUCAGCUAAUACAAAAAUUCAUGAAUCAUAUCAAUGACAUGUUCACGAUGUUAGACUGCAGCCUGGAGCCGUUCAAGAACCUAUUAGGAGACAAGCACCCAUCCGUCCACCAGCUACAACUGACUCUGCAGCUCAUUACCGAAAAGAUUAAGGAAUACAAAGAAUAUACAUAUUAUCACGAGCACUGCUUGAAGAAGAGUAACAAGUCUGGUCGCCUAAAGAAGUAUACAUUGAGGGAGGAACCCCAGACGGUGUUCAAACCGACCCCUAUAACUACACUGGUGCCUGCAGAUCCGUGCCCAUCGUGAGUAAUAUAUCUAUAUCAUAUAUGUAUAUAAAAGAAAGUCAGUGUUAGUUACACUAUUAAUUUAUAACUCGAGAGCGGCUAAACCAAUUUCGUUGGGAAUUGAUAGGGAUGUAGUUUAGA